GAGGAAACCAUAGCCUCAGGGUUAGCAAAGACCGGAACCUGAUUUCUGCACGCUUUGUCGCGCGUAGGACGACAGUUUGGACGCACAUUUCUGAUUAAAAGCAGGUGCGGCUACGGGACUGAGCGAGAAGUUCCCAGAAGAGCCGUACAGACCUGAUGACCGCGCAGCGGGUCUGGUGGGAAGCAGGGUGCGGCCGCGCGUUUCCGGUGCCCAGCUUCCGGCUCCGGGUCCGGGCCUGGGGCAGAGGCGGAGCCACCGCCCGCCGCGACUUUCAGACUCGCGCUAUGGCUACGCGCUGGUGGUGCUGGCGGCGGGGCUGCUCCUGGAGGCCGGCCGUCCGGAGCCCGCGGCCGGGACACCCUGGCUGUGCGGGACUGCUCGGGACGCGCGCCGCCUCGGACACCCGCGCGCAGAUGCCCUAUUUUAACCUAGUAAAGACUUUAACAUCGGUCCCAAGUGUGCAUAGUAUAUCACAGUUCCAUCAAAGGACACCAGCCGUGUGCUGUUGUAGUCAGACACAGAGUGGUGAGAAAUACGCCGAUCCUUUCAAACUCGGCUGGAGAGACUUGAAAGGUCUGUAUGAAGACAUUAGAAAGGAGCUGUGCAUCUCCACCAAAGAAUUGAAGGACAUGUCCGAAUACUACUUUGAUGGCAAAGGAAAAGCCUUUAGACCGAUUAUUGUGGUGCUAAUGGCCCGAGCGUGUAAUAUUCAUCAUAAUAACUCACGAGAUAUGCAAGCCAACCAGCGCUCCAUAGCCUUAAUUGCAGAAAUGAUCCACACUGCUAGUCUGGUUCAUGAUGACGUUAUUGACGAUGCAAGUUCUCGAAGAGGAAAACAUACAGUUAAUAAAAUCUGGGGUGAAAAAAAGGCUGUUCUUGCCGGAGAUUUAAUUCUUUCUGCAGCAUCCAUAGUUCUGGCACGGAUUGGAAACACAGCUGUUACAUCUAUUUUAACCCAAGUUAUUGAAGAUUUGGUGCGUGGUGAAUUUCUUCAGCUAGGGUCGAAAGAAAAUGAGAAUGAAAGGUUUGCCCACUACCUUGAAAAGACCUUCAAGAAGACGGCCAGUCUGAUAGCCAACAGUUGUAAAGCAGUCUCUGUCCUGAGUUGCCCUGACCCAGUAGUCCAUGAGAUUGCCUAUCAGUAUGGGAAAAACAUUGGAAUAGCUUUUCAGCUCAUAGAUGAUGUAUUGGACUUCACCUCAUGUUCUGACCAGAUGGGCAAGCCAACAUCUGCAGACCUGAAGCUAGGCUUAGCCACGGGCCCUGUCUUGUUUGCUUGCCAGCAGUUCCCAGAAAUGAAUGCUAUGAUAAUGAGACGGUUCAGUUUGCCAGGAGAUGUGGACAGAGCGCGACAAUAUGUAUUACAGAGUGAUGGCGUUCAACAAACAACCUACCUCGCCCAGCAGUACUGCCAUGAAGCAGUGAGAGAGAUCAGGAAACUUAGACCAUCCACAGAAAGGGAUGCCCUCAUCCAGCUUUCUGAAAGUGUGCUCACAAGAGAUAAAUGACAAUUCUUCCUGUUCUUUCUGGCAGCUAUUUUACCAGACUGUGCCUAAUGAAUUUUGUGAAACACUAUUUGCUUCAUGUGCAGAUAACCAAAAAUCACUUUAGGAAAUAAUUUCAACCUUAUUGAUGGGCAAUUUUUUUUUAUUGGCAAAGUUUUUCAGAAAACUUUUUAAAUGUAAUUAAACCAGUGUCAUUAUAGUCCUAUAAAUUCUAAUCGAGGUAUCCUGAUGGUUAUGUGUGGUCCUGUUUACAUUGUUAAUGCCCACAUGUAAAGCCAUUACACAAAUAAAUAAUCAACGUUAAAAUUCAA